GCAUAAAAAAAAGGUAAAGUGGACAUUCAUAAAUUGUUUACGACAAAUUGUUAAUAUUAAAAUACUAUGUUCCAACAUUGUUUUGAGUGAGUACAAGUAAAAGCAAAGGUUGGUGUAGAGUAUACUAAAUAUUUAACCCAUGAACAAGAUGAGUACAAGUAAGCAUGUAUUUUCCUCCAUGAUAAAAAAAUCAUAUUUUUACCAGCAGAGACAACUCUUGUACCGUUGUCUAAGUUCCAAUGGUUCCCUCUCCGAAGCCUUAAUCGAAAUGGCGAAACAAGGCCUCCAAGUGAAAUUCAAGGAAUACGAUACGCUGUUAAACGAAUGUAUAAACCAAAUGGCUAUAAGAGAAGGUCAAAGGGUACAUGCCCACAUGAUCAAAACUCAUUAUCAACCUCCAGUGUACCUCAGGACAAGGCUUAUUGUUUUCUACAUAAAAUGUGGCCUUUUAGGUGAUGCCAGGUGGGUGUUCGAUGAAAUGCCUCAAAGGAAUGUUGUUUCUUGGACUGCCCUCAUGUCUGGCUAUUCUCAAAAAGGGCAUAUAUCUGAAGCUAUCCAUCUUUUCCUUCAGAUGUUGACAUCAGGUACUGCGCCAAACGAGUUCACUUUUACAACAGUGCUUAAAUCAUGUACCGGGGCAAUUGGGUUUCACUUUGGGAGACAAACCCACUGUCUCUUAGUAAAGAGCCCUUUCGAAUCACAUAUAUAUGUGGGAAGCUCACUCCUUGAUAUGUAUGCCAAAGCUGGCAAAGUUCAUGAAGCUCGAUAUGUUUUCGAGAACUUGCCAGAAAGAGAUGUUGUCUCUUGCACUGCUAUAAUCUCAGGCUACGCUCAACAGGGACUAUAUGAAGAGGCACUAGAGCUUUUUCGCAAGUUGCAGGCAGAGCAAAUGUCUUCCAACUAUGUUACAUAUACUAGUGUAUUAACAGCCUUAUCAGGUCUUGCUGCAGUUGAACAAGGUAGACAAUUGCAUGCCCGUAUUAUUCGAUUGGAACUUCCCUUCUAUGCGGCGCUUCAUAAUUCUCUCAUUGAUAUGUACUCCAAGUGUGGAAAAUUCACUUAUUCAAGGACGAUAUUCAAUCAAAUGUCCGAAAGAACUGUGAGCUCAUGGAAUGCGAUGCUUGUUUGUUACAGUAAACAUGGGAUGGGAAAGGAGGUAGUUGAUCUCUUCAAAAUGAUGAGAGAAGAAGACAAAAUUAAGCCUGAUGGCAUAACUCUUUUGGCUGUGUUAUCUGGUUGCAGCCAUGGAGGAAUGGACGUGAAAGGUGUAGAUAUUUUUAACGAUAUAAGUAAUGGAAAAGAGAGGGUUGAGGUUAGCAUUGAACACUGUGGUUGUGUGGUUGAUUUGCUAAGUCGAUCUGGCCAAGUAGAAAGGGCCUUUCAAUUCAUCAAAGAGAUGCCUUUUCAACCAACUGCUGCAAUUCUGGGUUCACUUUUAGGUGCUUGCUGGGCUCACCUGUAUGUUGAUAUUGGUGAAAUUGUAGCCAGACAACUUUUGGAGAUAGAGCCAGAAAAUACUGGAACUUAUGUAAUUCUUUCAAACAUGUAUGCAUCGGCAGGAAGGUGGGAAGAUGCUACAAGAGUAAGAGAGUUGAUAAAUGCAAGGUCCAUGGUAAAGGAAUCCGGAAAAAGCUGGAUUGGUCCUGAUUUUAUCCAUGAAACAGAAAAGGAUAUUGCAAAAACAUAAUGGAAUGAGGACUUAU